GAUCGAAUUCAAGUUAUACGGUGCAAGGGAGUCUGACCGUUAAGCACGUUAGCACGAACAAGCCACCCGAGUUCAAAGCUACUACGUUACUAUUCAGCUCACACUCGCCAUGCGCCAAUAUCAACUCUCCCAUCGCAAGGACUUUUCCGGCCUGACGCUGCACGAUGACAUUCCCAAACCGCAACUCUCCACCGCGACCGAGGUCAUGGUCAAGAUCCGUGCUAUCAGCUUGAAUGCCCGUGACUUGCAGAUCGCGACAGAUCAAUAUCCUGCUCCUCAUGCUAUCAAAGACAACCUGGUUCCUGUUUCGGAUGCUGCCGGGGAGAUUGCCGAGGUGGGCGAGGAGGUGGAGGGGUGGAAAGUUGGGGAUAGGGUUUGCACGGUCUGUUUCUUGGGGCACGACCAGGAUGAGGAUGUGCAGAUGCACUCUAUGGUUCGAGGUCUAGGAGGCGCCAUCGACGGUGUCGCAACGGAAUACUUCACCGUCGAUCACACCCAGCUGGUCCGAAUGCCCAGCCAUAUGACUUUCGAACAGGCUAGCACCCUUCCUAUCGCAGCGGCUACCGCUCAGAAUUCGUUGUAUGGACAUCAUCCGGUCUUGCAAGCUGGGGAUACGGUCUUGUGCAUGGGGACUGGAGGUGUCUCUUUGUUUGCCGCGCAAAUCGCUUUGAACGCCGGCGCAAAGGUCAUCAUAACUUCAUCCUCUUCGGCCAAACUCACCCGUGUCACCUCUCUGCUCCAACCUCUUCUCCGCUCUACCAGCUCGCCAGAUACGAUCCAGACCAUCAACUACAAUGAACACCCCGAUUGGGACGUCAAGGUCGCAGAGCUGACGGGUGGCAAAAAGGUGGAUUUCGUCAUCGAGAUAGGAGGCCGGGCGACUUUAGGGAAAUCGAUCAGGAGCACCCGGGCUGGUGGGUUGGUUGCGAUUUCGGGAUAUAUGAGCGAUUAUGGGAAACCCGACGAGAAGGCUAACCAAGAGGAUCUGGCCAAGAUGCUCCUCUACGGCGCUGUCAACGCUCGAGGUAACUUUGUCGGCAACAAGGUUCAGUUCGAAAAGAUGAACCGGGCGCUGGAAACCGGAGGUGUCAUUCCUUUGGUAGACAAGGUCUUUGAGUUUGAACAACUCAAGGAGGCUUACGAGUAUUUGCAGUCGGGCAAACAGAUCGGGAAGGUUGUCGUCAAGGUGUCGAGCGAUUAAGAGCAGGAUAUAGUUGGAUUUUGCUCGACUGCAAAGGGUAGAUAAGUGCACAUGAAGGAUCUGAUAACACUACAUCGCAUAGCAUUGACAUAAUACACUGCCUAAUGUCCACAUCGAUCUCAAUCUUUCCGAAAGGCAUCCUUUGCUAUGACGUCGUGGCUCUGGUAACUCCCGGCCGGUCCGCGCUAGAU